GGUGUGGGGCUGGUAGUCGGAGCCGGGGGCCAACCGGCUUCUUCCUUCCCUCCCUCCCACCCUGGCUCCCGCCGGCCGGCUCGGGACCGCAGCCACGUCUGAAAGCGCCUCAUUGUGUGCGCUCCGCUCGCAGCGGGCAGCGCCGAACCGCGCGCAGGCCGCCGGCGGCCGCACAGGUUCCUCCGCCGUGGGUCCCCAGGUGCCGCCAAUAUCUUGGUAUCCGUAAAGCCCCAUCCAUCCCUGGUAUCACCGGGUGCCCCUUAGUAACCUUGGGGUCUCAGCGGAACAAAUCAGGCCGUGCGGACUCCCAGGGAAGAGACAGCAGGCUGUGGAGUGGAACUUGGAAGAGACAAGAAGCCUUUACGGAGCCUCGGAAGCUGCGCCAGGCCCCUUGCAUGCAGCAUGUGGCUGCCACGCAUCUCCAGCACCACGGUGACCGCGCUCCUGCUGGCGCAGACCGGCCUCCUGCUCUUCCUGGUCUCCCGGCCCAGGCUGACAUCCCCAGCAGAUGGCGAGGAACGGGUGCAUGUGCUGGUGCUGUCUUCAUGGCGCUCCGGCUCAUCUUUCGUGGGCCAGCUCUUCAGCCAGCACCCCGAUGUCUUCUACCUGAUGGAGCCCGCGUGGCACGUGUGGUCCGCCCUGUCGCAGGGCAGCGCGCCGGCGCUGCACAUGGCCGUGCGUGACCUGGUGCGGUCCGUCUUCUUGUGUGACAUGGAUGUGUUCGAUGCCUACCUGCCAUGGCGUCGCAACCUCUCAGACCUCUUCCAGUGGGCCGUGAGCCGCGCGCUGUGCUCGCCGCCGGCCUGCAGCGCCUUUCCGCGCGGAGCCAUCAGCAGCGAGGCCGUGUGCAAGCCGCUGUGCGCGCGGAGGCCCUUCGGUCUGGCCCAGGAAGCCUGCCGCUCCUACAGCCACGUGGUGCUCAAGGAGGUGCGCUUCUUCAACCUGCAGGUGCUCUACCCGCUGCUCACCGACCCAGCUCUCAACCUGCACAUCGUGCACCUGGUGCGUGACCCACGGGCGGUGCUGCGCUCACGCGAGCAGACAGCCAAGGCCCUGGCGCGCGACAAUGGCAUCGUGCUGGGCACAAACGGCACGUGGGUGGAGGCCGACCCAGGCCUGCGCGUGGUGCGGGAGGUGUGCCGCAGCCACGUGCGCAUCGCUGAGGCCGCCACCCGCAAGCCGCCGCCCUUCUUGCGUGGCCGCUACCGCCUGGUGCGCUUCGAGGACCUGGCGCGAGCACCGCUGCCCGAGAUCCGUGCACUGUACGCCUUCGCGGGCCUUAGCCUCACGCCGCAGCUGGAGGCCUGGAUCCACAACAUCACGCAUGGGCCCGGGCCUGGCGCGCGCCGCGAAGCCUUCAAGACCACGUCCAGGGACGCACUCAACGUCUCCCAGGCCUGGCGCCACGCGCUGUCCUUCACCAAGAUCCGCCGGGUGCAGGAGCUGUGUGCUGGCGCGCUGCAGCUGCUGGGAUACCGACCCGUGUUUUCCGAGGAAGAGCAGCGUGACCUGGCCCUGGACCUGGUGCUACCGCGCGGCCCGGGCAGCUUCAGCUGGGCAUCGUCCACCAAUGCGCACCCUGGGCCUUAGCGGAAGGCCGGGUUGUGGCGGUCGCCAGGGCCAGGAGGAAACUGGUGGGGAGAGGGCUGGGGUACACAGGGCGCGGGCCGCUACUGGAGGGGCCGGGAGUUUGGGAAUCCUCCCUUGUAUUAGGAAAGGACUGUGUCCCCAAACUCCCUGUUUGUUGCCACUUCUUGACUUUCCUUGGAGCCCUUUUUUGCUGCUGGGUUUCCAUCGGGCACAUUCUUCAUAGAAAACAAAGCUUGUGCCCAGCCAGUGUGGCUCA